UGACCGUUAAGCUUUACAAUCCAGAUGCUCCAGGUCAUCCCAAAUCCUGCAGAGGCAUCGAUAUCUAAUAGUAGUUACGAUAUCUGUAAUUCGGGAUUGCGCCAUACGACAAGAACACAUAGAGAGACAGGCGGUUUUGGUAUCGAGCGGCAGCCGAAAGUUUACCUGUAGAGUCUGGUCGCAGGUACAAAACCAGCCUCGUGAAUCCCCCACUACCGUUCACCUUCCUGCUGUUCCUGCUGCACGCUCGUUCGCUCCGUUCGUACUCCAGUAGGUUUCCAUGAACGACCAGAGGAAGAGGAGAACCGUUCGAAACGCGGAAUCCUAGGCGAUCCUCUCGCGACAAUUCCUGUAUUGUGUGAUUCAGUGAUACCUGUGCUAAUUGUGACAUGAAGGAUUGUGACGAAUGAACCGAAACGUUUGAAUAGGCGCACACGCAUUCCGAGCAGAGCGGUAUCUUCGUAUCCCAGCUCUAAUUGCAAACCUGGGAAUUUAAAUACCAGCUCAGGAUCGAAUAGAAAGAAGCAGAACAAAUAUAUAUAAAAAAUACAACCAACAAUCUCGAAAGGUCCAUCUACUUUUCAUAAAAUAGGAAAUUAUUGUGGUAAAUCAAGCAAGCGCAUUGUACACGAGUGCGCAUUAAAUUUAAGAUUUCGCGAUAGGGCAGUAUGACUGACUGCGGCGAAGACAUUGGCGAGAGUCUGGAAGAUGCUCGCAAGCUGAUCAAAGAUCUGAGGGAGAAGAGCCGAGCCCAGGCCCAGCAGAUCCUCGCUUGGAGGCGCGCAUACAAAAUGCAGGAAGUUUUGAUAACUCGUUUGAACCGCGAGAAGGCUGAUCAAAUGAAGACUCUGUCAUCGAAGCUGCUGCUAUUCGAGUCCCGAUUGAUCAGGAAGCAGAAGGACAUUUCCGUGAUGUUAAACCACAGAGAGGUGAUCAUUCAUCGGCAGCAGCGGAUAAUUGAGACCCUGACGAACCGUUUAAUUGACAACGGAUUGGAACCUCCUGUUUCGGACCUGACUGAGUUGGACACGAACAUCCUGGACCUGGAGUCGCUGAACGACUCCGACAGUGCAGUCGUGAUGGAGGAGGAUGCUGAGGUGCACAUUCCGAAAUUCAGGAACUCCGAUUCGAUCACGGUGGUCCGAUCCAUUUCCGAUGCCAUCGACCCGAACCUCAAGUACACGAUACGCCGUUCCAACGGAUUCCUGCGGCGACCCGAGAUCCUGGAGACCGUGUACAGCGUCGAAGAAGACGGCGACAACGACAACAGCAAUUCCAUCGAGGUGCAGACAGAGGUGAACAAGAAGAGAGACGCUUUUGCAAGCGGAAGCGCAAAGGCUAUAGUCACAGAGGAACCGGAGAAGACGGCACCACCGGAUUGGUCACCCUACGAGAGGUCAGACAAACCGCAGGACGAUCCCAAAGUAACUACAUACAAUAGAGUCAUGUCCAAUCACAGGUCGGUGACGAAGCCGAAGGACGUUAAAUACAAGCGCAUCAACAAAGCCAAGUCGAAGAGUCUCGAGGAACUGCGGGGCAGGUUAAAAAAUUGGGUCGAACAGGGCAGCAAAAUGGCAGGAAUCUCGCUUGAGCAUAGCCAGAGCUACGCCUGACUCGCCGACUUAAAAUCGCCUAAAUGAUAAAUUUAAGCCCUUUUAAAAUAAUUAUAAUAACUUUCCUACUGUGUAUUUUUACGUUUGUUCUCUUUUAAGUACAAUUUUUAUGAAUAUUUACUAUAGUGAUACUGUGUAAUUAUUAGCCAUUGCCAUUACUAUUAGAUUUUUUUAACGUAAUUAAUUACAUCUAUAUUGAUUAAGCGUGCGUUGUAAAUAUUCUCUAAGGAACAAAGCAAAACAAAAACUAUCUUUCUUCAAAGCGUCCAAAAAAAUCUACAAAUACGUUUUUUUACGAUAUAUUUAAUCUAUAUCCUUUGAAGCAAAGACCGUUUUUAUUUUUUCUACUAAUCGAAUUGUGAUAAUUGUGAUUUUCUAAAAGAAAUAAAGAUGAAGAUAUAGCGUGUAUCAAUAAAUAUAACAAAGUUUUAUCUAUACAAUCUAUUUAAACAAAACAAAAAAAAAGACAUAACUAUUAUAUUCGAUAAAUCUGUAAACGUGAAACAAUUAUUAAUGCAAAAAAUAAAAGCAUAAGCAAAAGUAUAAACAACAUUUAUUAUAUUAUUAUAUAAUCUACAUAUCAUUGUAGUCAAUAUUAU